UUGAAAUUUUAGGAACAUCAAGAUGGUUUGGAAAUGCUGUGUGCCACAGUGCACAUCUAAGACAGCAGUACCAGUCCAUCGAUUCCCCAUGGGUCGCUCCAGAGCUGAACACUGGUUAACAAUCAUUGGCAAAACCGAAUUGAUCGAUGCACCAAAAGAAGUGCUGGCAAAGUUGAGAAUUUGUACGGAACAUUUCUCUGAAGAGAUGGUAUUGCCUUAUGGUCCAAUACGACGUUUGAACGAUAACGCAGUACCAUCAUUAAAAUUAAAUUCUUGUUAUGUAGAACAGAAUGUUUAUGUUAUUAAUAAUUUGGAAGAUCAUGUUCACUUAAUAGAAUAUGUUCCGAACAUCUCUAACUUUGUGCCAGUGCCCAUGAACAUAGGCAAAGAUGUAGAUAUAUCAAGAAAUACCAACAAUGAAGGACUGAAAAGAAAAUUAAGGACCCAAAGGAAGAUGCUGCAUAAGAAGAAAAACAUUAUUAGAAGACAACGUCAAGAAAUCCACAGGAUCCGUCGAAGGAAUAAGUGGGAAGACGUAAUGGAGGACAUGACAACAACGCAGAAAUUAUUCUUCGAAAUGCUGAUAAUAAAUGCCAAACAUGCACCACAGGUAUGUUUUGUAUGUUAAUUUGUAUACAAUUAUGAGUAUAUAUGUACACUUAGUUUUCUUUGUGUUAAUGUUGUUAACCACUUGCGCUGGAAAGACGUGCGCACGUCGUCAUGCGAUUGUCACAGAAUCGCCAACGACGAUCCAGACUAUUUCGAGAGAUACCACACUUUGCAUGAUUAUUAAUAAAUAAAUUAAAUAUUUAUAUUUGUAUAAUUUUAUAAUCAAUCGACGCUCUAUGUUCCCUUCAAAAAGCUAUUAAAAGUCCUAGGUCGAAAAUAAAUUAGUUUAGAAAAUAUAAAUCUUUUUCCGAUUUCUGUAAGGCAUCGAACACUGUGUGACGCCUCUCAGCGAGUUACACUGGACCGUUCUGGUACACGCGUCAGUGAAUUUUUUGCCAGCGCAAGUGAUUAAUAAGUAUAUGAAUUUAC